ACAAGUACCUUAAGCUUAGCCACCUGUUACAUUUCAUUUGUGCCAGUUUUCAAACCUUUUUCUUCUUCUUCUUCCUUCAUUUGCACCUUUUUACUUACUUUAGUCUCCAUUGAAGAAAAACAAAGCACCUUUUUUUAUAUUCCCAAUUUCCAAUCUUAGUUCCAAUUUAAAAUCUCUCAAAUUCAAAUAAAUCAAGAAUUACAAAUACUAGAGUAAAAAAUCCAUGGCAAAAAUGUUGAGUAAGGCAGUAUGCUUCCAAUCACCUUUGAGUUUUGGUGAUAUUCAUCAUCAUCAUCACCAUUAUAAUCAACAUGGGGUUUGUGCUUUUCCCAUGAAAUUUAAAAAUCCAAAUUCAGUUGGUUUUUCAUUAUCAACAAGUAAUGAUUUCUUUGGUGGUAAUAUUUCUCAAAGAGGACACUUAAGUUUUUCCAAGUUCAAUAAGAGAAAUAACAAAUAUACAGCUGCCAGUGCUCAGAUGAGCAUUGGAAUCAGGAACGCUCCAAAAUGGUGGGAGAAAGGGCUUCAACGUAACAUGAAAGAGGUGACUGGCGCCCAAGACCUUGUUGACUCCCUUUUAAGCGCCGGGGAUAAACUAGUGGUUGUUGAUUUCUUUUCCCCUGGCUGUGGAGGAUGCAAAGCCCUUCAUCCAAAGAUAUGUCAGUUAGCAGAGAUGAAUGCGGAUGUGCAGUUUUUUCAUGUGAACUAUGAGGAACUCAAGUCGAUGUGUUACUCACUGAAUGUACAUGUUCUCCCAUUUUUCCGUUUCUAUAGAGGGGCUGAAGGUCGUCUUUGUAGCUUUAGCUGUACCAAUGCCACGAUAAAAAAAUUCAGGGAUGCAUUGACAAAGUAUGGCGCAGAUUGUUGCAGCCUUGGACCAGUUAAAGGGCUUGAGGAGAAAGAGCUACUUGCACUAGCAGCAAACAAGGACCUAUCUUUUGCAUACACACCAAAGACAGAAGAACCAGUACCUGUUCUUGCCUUACAAGAAGAUAUGGUGAUAAAAACAAGCACUUCAUCUCAUCCAAAUACAUUUCCCCCUUUACCACUUCCCCUCCCUCUUCCUCUCGCAUCAACUUCACAUAAGGCCAAAAGCAACUCGAUGAGUGAAGUUUGCUAAGAAAAUAGACCUUGGCCUAACUCAACCUCAAAAACUAGCUCAUAAAGGGAAAAUUGUUCAAGACCAUAGCAGGAGACAACUCCACUCCCUCCACCAAUGGUGGUCCGUCAUUGGGUGAAACCAAGAAUAUGGAUGGACCUAGCUCUAAUAUCGUGUUUAGAAAAUGGACAUCAUACUUGAUUGAACCCUAAAAUCUAGCUCAUGAGGUGAGAUCUCUCAAGGCUAUAAAAACAUGAGUGUCCAAUCAACUAAUACAGGACAUUCUAACAAAGUUCUUGCCACUUUGAGGAUGGUUUUGAGAAUCACCAGUAAACUGUGUCAUAGAGGUGAUAUACGUAGAGCUAGGUUGUGUUUUCUUAUGUACAUAAUGCAGUAGAAAAGGAUUGAAGAUGCCAUGUAUUACAGUAUAUUGUAUCUGGUUGUUCUACAUAUUUUCUAUAUCUGGCUUUUCAAUUGGCUGGAGCAACAGACUGGAGUUCUGGCUUUGUCCCUUUUUUUUUAUUUGAAGGAUAGGCCAAAUGAGUGCAAUCCCUAGUGAUAUGUUUUAGUUUUUACUACUUGCUUCUGAACUCUCUUGAAUCUUGAUGAUCAAAGUAUAAAGUUUGUAAUUUACACUUGAAAAGUA